AUGCGAAGUUACUUAGAUAUACUUAAAAGCAUUCGUCAACAUGGUGAAUUGAUUGAAGGUCGAAAUGGUUUUACUAUUUCUUCUUUUGGCGAACGUUUCCGUCACGACUUACGCAAAGGGUUUCCUCUACUAACUGUCAAACAAGUACCAAAACGCGCACCACUUGCUGAAAUGUUUGCUUUCUUGCGCGGUGAAACAAACAACCAAGGUUUUGAAGAUUUGGGCUGUAAAGUAUGGCGUCCUUGGGCACUUGAUCAUGAAGUAUCUACAAUUGUUUCUGAAGAUCGAAACGUCUUGAUCGAACGAGCCCACAACAAAGGCAUUAUUGCAGAACCAACAGAAGAAGCAUUUGUUGCGGCUGAAAAGAUUGCCAAUGGUAAAGUUCAAGAAUAUAAUGCUGCGCGUUUAGCUGCUGCUGAAAAAGCUGUAGAAAAAAUUACUACCGAGCGUUCUAACUUGACUCAACAAAUUGAUAGUCUUCCUGAAGGUAGCGAAGAACGUAAAAAGUUGGUGGAACAGUUAAAUUCCCUUGAUGAUGCAUGUUCCGAUCUACAAGCGAUUAGUUAUGAAGCUGUGAAUAAGUUCAUGGAAGAGAAUGAAGCACCUCCAUCAUUUUACAAAUUGUUAGAAUCAAAAGGUGUUUCAACUACACGUAAGAAAAUUACCAAUGAAAAAGGCGAUCUUGGUCCGAUCUAUGGGCAACAAUGGCGACACUGGAAAACAACCAAAGGAAUUGAAAUUGAUCAGAUCAAAUAUGUAAUCGACGAACUUACAACUGAUCCUCACUCUCGUCGAAUUGUUUUAAAUGGUUGGAAUCCUGAAUUUAUUCCACCUUCUUUUGCACGUAGUAGCUUGGGCGUGAAAGAGCAAAUUGACUUCUCAAUUGAAAAUGGCUAUCAAGCAUUGCCACCAUGUCAUCUAAUGACCAUCUUUAAAACAACUGGUCAGGGUCGUGUGCUAAAUCUACAUCAGAUCAUGCGCUCUUGUGAUGUUCCAAUUGGUUUACCAUUUAACAUUGCAGGGUAUGCAUACUUGUUAAAGAUCAUGGCGAAACAACUGAAGAUGGAAGCAGGUGAAAUGAUCAUCGAUAUUACAGAUGCUCAUAUCUACGAGAAAAACAAAUCGGAAGUUUCUGAAAUGUUAUCUCGUGACCCAAUGGAACUCUGUGAACUCACUAUUCCAGAUGGUAUCGAUAUCACCGACAAGUCCACUUUGACCAACGAAAACAUUGACCGUAUUCUUGAAAACGUUCAAGGCUACAAGUCACAUCCAAAAAUCAAAAUGGAAGUUUCUGUUUAA